GGCUUGAACCUUGUGACUUGGCUGCCUAGCUGUCCAUUUUGUCCGACUGGUUCUCCUGGGCCUUGAUGGUGCACACAAUGGAGUCCGUGCGAGUCAGUGGGCGGGCAGACACAGCUAGAGCCCCCGCACUGUGAGCAGCCUUCAAGGGAAGGCCAGGGGCCGAGAGAAAUGCGCUCCAACGGCCCGGCCCCGAUGGGAUGGCAUGGCAUGGGAGGAGGACGAGCAGCAGCUGGUUCGCCUGGAGGUGAAGAAGAGUAGAGGUGGAGUUUAGUGAGUCCAGUUCACAGAGGAGGGCGCCGGAAAAGACUCCUGACUCAUGACUGGGAUCAGACACAUGAUGGCGGAUGACCUUUCUGCCUUCCUGCGCAUGACUCUGAGCUCAGGUCUCAUCUUGUAGUCGAGGUGAGCGAAUGACUGUGUAUGCUCGUAGUUUACAUGUUUGUUGCUCGGCCUUCGUUCUGCCUCAAGUUCAGCAGCAAGCUCAGUCCUGGGCUCAGCUUCCCCCGUCUCCUCUCUCUCUCUAUCUCCCUCCCUCGUUUCUAUUUCCUCUCUCGUGCUCUUCGGUCCCGUUCGGUCUGUUCUGUAGGGUGGAUGCUAUUAUGGUCUGUUGAAGGGCAUCAUGGGAUGGGUUGGAUUGGGACGAGCAGCUGGAAUGGAGUGAGUCUGAAGCUCUUAUUCGGGCUCGCCUCCCGCUCUUCGAGCUGCAAACGAAGCCGCGCAGCGUCGUGCGUCAGCUCCACAAGUCUGGGACGGAGGGAUUGAUGCAUAUUUACUAAGUUUACAGCCCCUUCGGUUGGAUCCUCGUCGGCCUCUGUCAUCAUUCGUUCUGUUCGUUCGUCCGAGGCGGUGCUGUGAAAGAACGGGUCGUCGCUGGGUUGGGUUGGGUUGACUUUCGGGCCAAUUUGCGAGCCCCGAACCGGGGACGGACCUGGCUGGGCCUUGAUUCUUCAAUUCGGCCUUGACCACGUCACGCCCUCCCGCUUGUCCUUGCUCGCUGCCUCGACCCCGCCCGGACAGCUAGAACGAGAUUCCUGGAGCCCGCAGGUGGAGCUUAUCUCCUCCUCCCCGCGCACUCCGAAUUUUCCUCGCCUCUGCUGCCUCGGACUGUCGCUCGUCCCGCCCGCGCCCAGGAGACGAGGUCCCGUGCCAUCUCUCGUCUGUGUCUCUCUCGGUCCUGUUGUGCUGCUCUCUUGGCCACUGGAGGCGAGCAAGCGAGCAAGCGAGAAAGGAAGGAAGUAAGGAUAGGUGCCUGACGGCGGACGGAGCCGCAGCUGGAGCUGGGGUCGUUCUUCUUCUUUGCGUGUAGGGAGACGACGAAGUGCCGGCAUUGUAGAGAUCAGCGGUGUCACACUCACGCCUGUGCGAAUAGUAUCGGAAUGAAAUAGGUUUAUGCUUGAGCUCUGGGGCGAGGGGGCUUUCUGCAUUGAGUUGAGCGUCGGCCCGAGAAGGCGGGGAGGCAGGCAGUCCACCGAGGUCGGCCAUAGCUUUCCUUCCCAACCUCGUAUGUGCUCGCCGGAAUGAAGGAAGAGAAUGAUCAUGAUACUGCCGAGAUGUUGCAAGAGCCCGUGGUGGGAUCAGAGCAUGGAGUUUGAUUUUUGGUAAGCAGUAUGAGUUAUGGUUCAGAGAGUGGAAGGUGGAAAGGGUGAGGGAGUGGCAGUGAGCACAGCAGGGUCGAGCAGGCUAUGUAGCUGGAAUGGAGUGCGAGCAAGCUCAAGAGUUUUCUCCUUUGGAUUUUCCGGUAGAUUUGUAAUGCUCGAGAGUAGAAAUUCCAGGCCAACUCCCUCAUUUGAUGUCCCGAGGGGAGCAAGGGUCUUCUUCUCAUGGGAACGGCGGUCAAAUUCUCGGUGGAUUGAAACGGGGCCUAGCUGGGAAUUUCUCAUCGAAAGAAAUUUUCAGCGCUGAAAUACGUCCGAGAGAUCAAUUAGGAGCCUUGUCGAAUAUGGUGGGAAUAGACCUACCAGGAGUAGUUGCCCUUGGUCAAAAUCUCCUCGAUAAGCUGUCAGACGUAGGAUACUCUGCUCAAGAAGUUCACUGGGAGAAGGAGAACUUUCUGCAGCUCGCGGAAUUUCUUAAGGAAAUUGUUCCCGUUGUCAUCGAGGUCAACAAAACACGAGACAGUUCACCGGUUCUGUUGCAGGUUUUGGAAGGGUUGUACAGGGAUGUGGAAAAUGCGAAUCAGCUGAUCAAGAUCUGCACCAGCAAAAGUAGAAUUUAUCUGCUCACCCACUGUAGAUCAGUCGUGAAACAGCUCGAGAACGUGACUCACAGCAUUGGACGGCAUUUAGGUCUUCUACCUUUGUCGUCAGUUCAAGGUCACAUUGCUGUGAAGGAGCAGAUCGAGAGGUUGUCCCAGGACAUGCAAAAGGCCCACUACAACGUGCAAGAAACCGACGAGAGGAUUUGUAGGACUUUAGAACAGGAUCAGGAGGCCAUCCGCACGGAUAUUGCUGUGCAGACCGGGAUCGUCAUGGAUAUUGCCAGGACGUUGGGUAUGGAAGAUCUGCCACGGAACCCUGCUGCUCUCAAGGAUCAGAUAGAGCUCCUGCGGAAUGACAUGCAGGAUACGAGUCAGUCUUAUGACUUGCACAUGGUCGAUGUGAUUGGUAAUAUUUUUGAAAACGUUGGGGCUCAGGUUAACGACCAUCCUAGUCCCUCGGCCGAAAUUCAGCAGCGUCUCAACUCGCGAAUUGAACCUUUGUACGAGGCGUUCGUUUGCCCAUUAACAAAAAAUGUGAUGGUGGAUCCUGUGACUCUAGAGAAUGGGCAAACCUAUGAGAGAAGCGCUAUCGAGAAGUGGUUUAUGGUAUGCAGGGAGGAGAACAGGCCUGCAAGUUGCCCCAUGACAGGGAAGACUUUGGAGAGCAUGACGCUGAAACCCAGCAUUGCUCUUAGAAAUACCAUUGAGGAAUGGACAAACCGGAAUGAGUCAGCUCGGAUUAUCAAUGCCCGGGUUCUUAUCGAAAGCAGCACCAGCCAGGAAGAAGACCUGCUCUACGCCCUCAAAGAUCUACACGCCCUUUGCUUGAGAAAUAAGGUUAAUAAAUAUAAAAUCAGACAUAAUGAGCUGAUUCCUCCUAUUGUGGCUUUACUGAAGAAUAUGGAGCAAGUGCGGUUGAGGGCUCUCGUUCUCCUACGCAUGCUGGCAGAAGACGACGACGAUAAUAAGGAGGCUAUAGGGCAAACUGAUGCACUUCGAGGUAUCUUAAAAUGUCUAUCGAGGACGUUGUCCGAGGAGCGACAAGAAGCAGCAGCCUUACUCUAUGAGCUCUCGAAAUCCGAUAGUCUUUGUGAGAGAAUAGGCUCAACAAACGGAGCUAUUCUUUACUUGGUGGGAAUGACCAGUAGCAACUCGGACAAUGUCGUUGCCGUCGAAAAAGCGGAAAUGGCUCUGGAGAAUUUGGAGAGGAUAGACCAGAACGUCAGGCAGAUGGCUGAAAGCGGGCGUAUACAACCUCUGCUACGUCGCCUAAUCGAUGGUCCAGAGGACGUUCGCUUUGAGAUGGCCUCGGAUCUGGGAACGAUCCCACUGACCACCGAGGUGAAGCAGUUGGUUGCAGAAGAAGGAGCCCACGUACUGGUGGACAUGCUGGGCAAGCCUCAUCCUCAAACACGCGAAGUCGCACUCAAAGCUCUCCGAAGCUUGUCGUCCAUCGAAAGCAAUGGGAAAUUAUUGAUAGAAGCUGGCAUUCUUCCCCCUCUUAUGAGAGAUCUUUUUAUGGUGGGAGCAACUCAGGUGCGUAUGAAGGAAAUCUGCGCCUCAGUCCUGGCCAAUGUCGUCAGCACAACAGGAGAGUGGCAAACUACCCCCAUCGACAGUCAAGGCAACACUCUCAUCUCGGAGCAAAUUGUUCACAACCUCUUGCAUCUGAUCGGAAAUACCGGUCCUGCAAUCGGAGCCCAGCUUCUCCAAGUUCUGGUCGGACUGGCAUCGUCACCUCACGCAGUGGCCAACCUUGUGUCCUACAUCAAGAGUGCUGGUGCCAUCGUCAGUUUGAUCCAAUUUCUAGAAGCCCCCCAGGACCAGCUCCGAAUCCCUGCUGUCAGACUUCUAUGUCUACUAUCGACGCAUAUGGGCCACGAACUGGCCGAUGGGUUGAGAGUCACCACUCGGCAACUCGGAACCCUUGUGAGGCUGUUGGGAUCCAACGGAUUGAUCGAGGAGCAGGCUGCAGCCGCAGGCCUUCUGGCAAACUUGCCUGUGGAUGACUUCCGCUUGACGCGAGCAUUGUUGGAGGAAGGAGCUCUACAGAUUCUGGUGUCAAGGAUAGAAGAUGUGCGCAAAAACGUUGUGAGAAUUGGAGCUGGUCGGUUUAUGACCACAUUCCAGGAGGGUUUGGUGACCAUUCUGGCUCGUUUCACAUUCACUUUGGAUGACCAGGACGUAGUUACUCUAUGUAGAAAACACAAUCUUGCAGUUUUCUUCAGAACUUUGUUGCAAAAUUCCAACCUCGACGAGGUGCAGCAUCAGUCAGCUCUUGCUUUGGAGAAUUUAUCCACGUUCUCACCUCAGUGCCGCCCGAGUGCUACCCAAAUCGCCAGACCAGUGGGCUGCAACUUCUGCGCGUGUUUCGGGGCACCACCCAGGCCCAGUGGGCUGUGCCCAGUCCAUGGGAUGGCCUGCUCAGCGUCAGAAACUUUCUGUCUACUAGAAGCUGCGGCGGUAGAUCCUCUGGUGUCGUGUUUAGAUCAUCAAAACGUGACCAUCGUCGAGGCUGCUUUGGGAGCUCUGUCGACCAUUCUCCUGGACAAUGUGGACAUGGAGCGGGGCGUACAAGUUCUUCACCAUGCCGACGCAAUAGCACCGAUCCUCGAUAUCCUGCAGGAGCAUCGGACGGAGAUGCUCCGGCAAAAAUCAGUAUGGAUGUUGGAGAGAGUACUGCGCAAUGGGGACCUCGCUCGCUUGAUUUCUGCAGAUCCGCACGUUCACACGGCCAUGGUAGACGCCCUGCGACAUGGCAACGCCGUGUGCCGAGCUCUGGCGGAGAAGAGUCUCAAGCACCUGAACAAGAUCCCCAGCUUCUCGGGGGUGUUUCAAAAGGUCGGACCCCCGAGGCGAGUCACCGGUCAAUAGGAGUGCAGGGCAGAGUUGUGGUCCUUCCACUUUCAAAUCCAGCCGAGGCUGGUCUGAAGUUUAAGCAGCAAGGUGCGCCAACUUGCACCUUGUAUAACAGCGGUGGCAGACGCGUGCCACCGGCCGCAAGCCUGCCUGCCUGCCAAGCCGGAAUUGUUCUGAUGCGUUGUACUUGGAUUGAUUCCUUUCAUACCGACGAAGCCUGGUGAAAGUGAUGUUGAUGAAUUGGACGAGGGCUCCACGACUUCUCGGUGUAACAUGUCAAAAUACGAGUUGAACCUGAACAGCCCAGAGUCGGUCUUGGCGACGGAUGCGCCCUCGGAGCAGCAGCAGGCGAGUUUGGUCGAUCGCCGGGUUCAUCGGUUAGGGUUUGUUAGAUUAUCUGUGAUUACGAAUUUAAAACUUAACUCCAUAGGUGAUAGAAACAUCAAAAGAUUUAGCAGUGAGACUAGGCCCAACCCCAACCCCAUGUAUUUACACCGAGCAUUAUACAAAAAGCUCCUCACAUCGAGAUGGGGUCAAGUGGGGCUGACCUUUCUGCCGGUAGCCGGGCUGGAGUCGUCGAAUUUGCGAGCCAGUAGCGUCCAUCUGAUUGACCAUGAUCUGAUCUCCGACUCUCAAGACGUCCCCUACCCAUAUAAGCUUACAGGUUUUUUUAGAUGUAAGACUUGAUUAUAUGUCAGCUCCAUGUCAACGAAGGUGCUCUCCCCUCCAUCUCCCUCUUUUUAAAUGAAGCAUAUUCUUUAAGCGUAUGUCAGUCAAAAUCCUCCAUUUCGAAGCUUGGAAAGCUUUGCGAUUUGUAACCGUCGGCUCUGAGCCUGUUCAGUUGAAUAUUCAGACUACCAGCCCAGGCUUUCUGUGCA